AUGUGGACUCCCUUUGACUGGGAAGAUCCUUUUCAUGCUCCUCAGUCAAAGGGCGAGGUCGUGACCAUCCCUACUGGAGGGGCCACUGGCGGUACGCUGGCGCCGGGUCUGUGGCGGACGGGCCCUGGCAUCGCAGGCUGCAAUGAUGACGGCACUUGCGAUAUCGUGUAUUCGGCUCCAUCAGGUGACGAGACCAUGGUUCUGCUGGAAGGGUCAGCCGAGGUCCCAGCGACAAAGUCAGGCAAGAAGCCAUCUGGGACGCUCCCCUCGGGCACCAAGGGCGAUGAGCUCUUCUUCGGCAACAUCGACGACAACCCCAAGGACUUGACGCCCUUUACAUGA